AUGUCCGACGAGAUCACACGAGCCGAGCCGGCUCAACCUUCAACGGCGAAGCAAGAUGUAGAAGCUAUUGAACAUACAGCAACACCCGCCGAGGCUACGACAAGCAGACUACCCGCCAGCUCAAUGGAUCCCGCGCAUCGUGCUCGUGUAGAGAAGUCGCUGAAGCGCAAACUCGAUGCACGAUGUUCUCUUUUCGUUCUCAUCUAUAUCCUCAAUUAUCUCGACCGUAAUAACAUCGCAAGCGCGCGACUUAAGGGACUUCAAACAGACUUAAAUCUUGACGACACACAAUAUGCUACAUGUCUGAGUAUUCUAUACGUCGGGUACAUUCUAAUGCAAGUGCCGUCGAACAUGUUCAUCAACCGAAUCCAACGACCAUCCAUUUAUAUCGGUGUCGCUAUGUUCCUUUGGGGUCUCAUUUCGACACUUACCGGAAACACGAAUAACUUCACCGACAUGGUUGUAGUCCGAUUCUUCCUCGGUUUUGUUGAAGCGGCUUUCCUACCAGGAGCGCUUUUGAUCCAAUCGAAGUGGUACACACGAAAGGAAUUGACGACUAGGAACGCUAUCCUAUUCUGCGGUAACAUCAUCUCGAACGCCUUCUCGGCUCUAGUAGGAGCUGGUGUUUUGUCAAACAUGCAAGGCGUCUUAGAGCAUGCUGCCUGGAGAUGGCUAUUCUGGAUUGAAGGGUCGAUCACCAUGGCCGUUGCAAUCACUGCGGGUUUCGUCCUGCCGGAUCUACCACACAAUUCGCGUGGUUUCACCGCCGAAGAGCUCGAGGUUGCGCAAUUGAGAAUGAUUGAGGAUGUCGGUGAAGCCGAUCUCGACGGAGAAGGUCAAGGAAUAUUUGAUGGCUUGAUAAUGGCCGUUAAGGACAUUAAGAUUUACCUCAUGAUGCUCACCUUUACGGCGUAUGUAGUUGGUCUGUCGUUUAACGCCUUUUUCCCAACACUUACUGGUACACUCGGAUUCGACUAUGUCCCGACACUGCUCAUGAGCUCGCCGCCUUGGGUAUUUUCGUGUAUCGUUUCACUCAUCAACGCUUGGCACGCAGAUCGAUGCCAGGAGAAGUUCUGGCAUAUCACUGGCCCCAUAAUCGGCGGUAUCAUCGGUUUUAUCAUCAGCAUGUCAACAUUAAAUGUAGCAGCGCGAUACGUAGCGCUAUUCCUACAAGCCAGCGCAUACGCCGGGUUCAUCGUAUUCUACUCAUGGAUCAGCUCCUCAUUCCCGCGACCACCGGCCAAACGAGCUGUGGCGCUUGCCCUCGUCAACGCUUUCUCGCAACUGGGCAACGUGGCUGGUAGCUACGUGUGGAACCUUAAGGAGAACGGAUACCGCAAGAGCUAUGGUAUUGUCACUGCUAUGUUCGGAAUCACUAUCCUUGGAUGCUGGGCGUUCCGUGCCAUUCUAGCGGAUCUCAAUAAGAAGAUCGAGAAGGGCGAGAAUGCUUGGGAUAUUCAACCUGAUGUUACGACGCGCACCGCUGAGAUUGAGCAUAUGGACAGUCCCGAUGAGGCGCUUAGGAUGCAAAAAGGUUUCCGGUAUUUGUUGUAA